GGAGAUAAGGCGGCGAGGAGGAGCGUCAGCCUUUAAGAAGCAGCGGCCGCUGGGCAGCUCCUUAGAUGUCUUACGAGUCUCUUCCGGACGUCUUUGCUUAGCUGGGGCGGAAAAAGCAGAGUGAGGAAGAGAGAUCCCAGAACUAGGUGAGAGCCCUGCUUCCUACGGAAAUGUCAGGAGCAUAUUUUCCGAGGUAUCUCCUCAGACGUCUCACCAGCCAUGACCACCGCGAUUCUGGAAUGCCUCAGCACAUUGUCUGUGAGCGCGCAGCAGUUGCGCCGUCUACCCAAGCUUCUGGAAGGUGGCCUGCCAAAGAUGCCUUCGACUGUCAAGGACGCAGAGGUUCCCCGUCUUUUCAGAGAGCCCUACAUCCAAACAGGGUACCGGCCAACGGACCAGAACUGGAAGUAUUACUUUCUCAGCCUUUUCCAGAAGCACAAUGAGUCGGUCAAUGUCUGGACGCACCUGGUGGUGGCCUUGGCCGUUCUUCUCAGGUUCCGAGCUUUUGCAGAGUCUGGAGAGUUCUCCCUGGAGACCUUUUCCCUUCCUUUGGUUAUUUACGUGUUGUCCUCGUUGACCUAUCUCACGUGCAGCAUCCUUGCCCAUUUGCUGCAGUCCAAGUCUGAGCUGGCUCAUUAUACAUUCUACUUCAUGGACUAUGUCGGAGUCUGCACAUACCAGUACGGAAGCGCGCUGGCCCAUUAUUACUACAGUUCCAACCAAGAAUGGUACAAUGUAGCGUGGCCCUUUUUCCUACCAGGAGCUGCAUUCUUGGGGUGGUCCUCUUGUGUCGGGUGCUGCUAUGCAAAAUACCGGUACAGACGACCCUACCCAAUCAUGAGAAAACUCUGUCAGGUCAUCCCGGCUGGUCUAGCAUACGUCUUAGACAUAAGUCCGGUCAUUCACCGGAUAGUGACUUGCCACAUGGACAGUUGCAUGGACAAAGCUUUUUGGUUCCACUGUCUACAAAUCGUCUUCUUCGUCAUCGGAGCGUAUUUUUUCUCGUGUCCCGUCCCGGAGAAAUAUUUCCCGGGUUCCUGCGACAUUGUAGGGCACGGUCACCAGAUAUUCCAUUUGUUCUUGGGUAUGUGCACCUUGUCGCAGCUGGAAGGAGUUCUCGUUGACUACAAAGCCAGACGAGAUACCUUCACAAAGAGAUACAGCUCGGAAUAUACCCACAUGUUUGCCAUCUCCUUCUUCGGGCUUAUAUUAAGCAGUACGAUGUCCGCUGUUUAUCUACAACGGAAGAUCAAAAAGCAGCUGGCAGAAAAAGACGCGUAAAACCGGUGCAUAUUUUUUUUUUUAAAAUAUAUUAAUAAUUUAACAUUCUGACGAAAACAUAUAGUAAUGUGAAAUACUGUGUAUUAAUAGGACUAAAUUUGGUUUGAUUUUUGUAAAAACAGAACUGGGCUCUUGAUUGACCAAAACGCAUUUUACUUACUCGGAAUUUUUAGCCUUAUCCUUCGUGAGGGAGCCUUUCCUCAAACCAAGCAGUGUUUGGCCGUAUCACGGCCUGAAGCUGUAGAACGAUCACGGUUUAGCGGAAUUCCGCCUUAGAACCUUAGAAAAUGAUGUAAUCGCGGCUACAGAUGAAUGCCUCAGGCAAUGACCCCUUGCAAAUGCACUGAAGACUUCUACAGAAUCCCCAUUUGCCCCUUUCUUUACCCCCCAGCUCUUCGACUUGGAGGAGAUGUGUUCAACCAAACAUAUCUCUUCUCGCUACCAGUGAGCUUCAGCGAGUGUGCUUGGGAAGGUCCAAUGAGACCCCCGUGUGUGUGUGUGUGUGUGUAUGCAAUGCUCUCCCAUUGAUAUUAAUGGGGGCACUGUGGUGGACCUCCUCAUGAAGUUGCCCCUGCACUGCUGACGGAAGCAAGAAAUUAUCAGAAAUCAACAAAACUAAAAGAAAAAACCACAAGUUUCAAACUUCUCCUCCUUUGGUCCAGCUUUCAGACGACUCAUGAAGGUUUUGAGAAGAUUCCCUCAAUGAUAUCCCUAAAAUGUUCUAUUUCUGGGCCAACUAAAUGGUGUCUUUUUUUGAAGGACCUUGACAUUUUAAUCAUACUGGUGCUGGCACAUAUAAUCUUCUUCUGCCAAUUUUUAAUGUUUCUGUUUUAAAAUAGAAUUUUAGAAUGUUUGUAUCCAGAAUCGUUGGCCAAUCUUUCCGCAAGACGUAUAAAAUGACUGGGUCAAAGCUGGUUGAGGCGUCCAGGUUGCACUGAGAGAUAAGCCGUGGAUGCGAUGAGACCAGGCUUUCAGAAGGGACCUCUCUAGGAGGACAUCUCCAUGACGUUGCACUGUGUGUGUUCCUGUGUCAAUGGUUGGGCAACAGCAUUGGUGGACAUUGGUUGUAGAAGUAGGUAGACCAAUUAGUUCCAGAAUGUACAUUGUGAUAGGUUUCUGUACCCGGUAGGUUCAUCAUUCAGUAGUUUGGACCAUCUAACUAGUCCACCACGGGACAAGGCCAUGGACACCAGCAUCAGACAGUUCCGGACUUAGCCUCAUAUCUUAUUUCAACAAAAAGAGAGACUUUUGUACUUAUGUAGACAAAAUGCCUGUCUUCUGGUACUGUUUAUUAUGUCUGUGAUAUUAAUAUAUUUAUUAUCUUAACCGAGACAGCCUCAUCUGAAGACCAGGUCAAGUUGACCCAGGAACUAACCCACGCCUCAACAAGGGCAUUCAGUAAACAUUUGUUUUAUACUUGAUUCUUAAAGUUUACCUUAUAACCACUUAUUUGCCUUAAAAAAAAACAUUAAUUAAUGCUUUAGCAGGUCUGGAUAACCACCUACCCUCUAAGCUAUGGAACGGUAACAUGGUAAUGGACCUCACUCCACCAAGUAGCUUGUGGUCGUCCAGUCCGGCUCAGUUUAGGAAUCACAGAGUCAGCUUGAUUAAGUUAUUGGACUUGUAUUGAUAUGAUAUGCAGGGGAGGGCAGGCAACUGGCAACAAAAACCAAUGAAGCCAAUAUAGGGAGCCCAGAAAGGACCUAGUCGGGGUGUAAACAUUGUUUAAUGUUCCUUUAGGUCUAGACACCCUGGUGGAUGCAUAUGGAACUGGAAAACACAAACCAAAAAAAGACAAGACUACGCAUGGGGUAGUAGCCAAAAGCCUAGGUGGCAUUUGCCCCCAUCCUGUCUCACAUUGCCAGCCCUCCCCUGGUAACAGACGGAAUUAUAGAUUAUUCCAACAGCCGUACUUAUCACGGGUAUGGAACCCAAAUAAAAGUGAAUGGAUUCUCA